GCCCAUGUGGUUCGGCGGCGCGGUCCCGCGAGAGCCUCCCGAGCCCGACGAGUCGAAGGAGGAGGCCGAAAAUUUGCCGGUGCGGCUCGAAGAAGAAGGCGGCGCCUCGGCGCGCCUAGCGCAAAUCUUCGAGUUCUUGGAUCAGAUCGAGGACUACCAUCCGAGUCAUCUUGUGGCAUGGCUGCAGUCACGCCUGGUCACAAUCGAAGAGGUGCCCAUGGCCCCAGUGGCUCCAUUUCAGGAUCACUACGACAAGCUCGACGUAGCAUCAGAUGCGGACCCUGCAAGCAUCCGCCGCGCCUAUCGGAAGUUGGCGCUAGCGACCCACCCGGACAAGCCCAACGGCGACCGCGUGCUCUUCGAG